UGGUGACAUGCCAAUCAGCUAAUCAACUCAAAACACCUGCAAAGGUUUCCUGAGCCUUCAAAAUGGUCUCUCAGUUUGGUUCACUAGGCUACACAAUCAUGGGGAAGACUGCUGAUCUGACAGUUGUCCAGAAGACAAUCAUUGACACCCUUCACAAGGAGGGUAAGCCACAAACAUUCAUUGCCAAAGAAGCUGGCCGUUCACAGAGUGCUGUAUCCAAGCAUGUUAACAGAAAGUUGAGUGGAAGGAAAAAGUGUGGAAGAAAAAGAUGCACAACCAACCGAGAGAACCGCAGCCUUAUGAUUGUCAAGCAAAAUCGAUUCAAGAAUUUGGGUGAACUUCACAAGGAAUGGACUGAGGCUGGGGUCAAGGCAUCAAGAGCCACCACACACAGACAUGUCAAGGAAUUUGGCUACAGUUGUCGUAUUCCUCUUGUUAAGCCACUCCUGAACCACAGACAACGUCAGAGGCGUCUUACCUGGGCUAAGGAGAAGAAGAACUGGACUGUUGCCCAGUGGUCCAAACUCCUCUUUUCAGAUGAGAGCAAGUUUUGUAUUUCAUUUGGAAACCAAGGUCCUAGAGUCUGGAGGAAGGGUGGAGAAGCUCAUAGCCCAAGUUGCUUGAAGUCCAGUGUUAAGUUUCCAAAGUCUGUGAUGAUUUGGGGUGCAAUGUCAUCUGCUGGUGUUGGUCCAUUGUGUUUUUUGAAAACCAAAGUCACUGCACCCGUUUACCAAGAAAUUUUGGAGCAAUUCAUGCUUCCUUCUGCUGACCAGCUUUUUAAAGAUGCUGAUUUCAUUUUCCAGCAGGAUUUGGCACCUGCCCACACUGCCAAAAACACCAAAAGUUGGUUAAAUGACCAUGGUGUUGGUGUGCUUGACUGGCCAGCAAACUCACCAGACCUGAACCCCAUAGAGAAUCUAUGGGGUAUUGUCAAGUGGAAAAUGAGAAACAAGAGACCAAAAAAUGCAGAUGAGCUGAAGGCCACUGUCAAAGAAACCUGGGCUUCCAUACCACCUCAGCAGUGCCACAAACUGAUCACCUCCAUGCCACGCCGAAUUGAGGCAGUAAUUAAAGCAAAAGGAGCCCCUACCAAGUAUUGAGUACAUAUACAGUAAAUGAACAUACUUUCCAGAAGGCCAACAAUUCACUAAAAAUGUUUUUUUUUAUUGGUCUUAUGAUGUAUUCUAAUUUGUUGAGAUAGUGAAUUGGUGGGUUUUUGUUAAAUG